AUGUCUUACAAACCAAAUCUGCCAGUGUGCAACGGAACUGUUGGAGUCUGCCUUAAAGUUACUAAUGGAACUGAAAGAAAAAUUACAUAUGACGACGCGACUUGGGUAAUGACGAGCUCUUUUAUAAUCUUUACUAUGCAAUCAGGAUUUGCUCUACUGGAAUCUGGAAGUGUGAAUCGAAAGAAUGAAGUAAAUGUAAUGAUGAAAAACAUUGUGGAUAUGGUCUUCGGCGGACUGAGUUACUGGAUGUUUGGAUAUGGAAUGAGUUACGGAACAGAAAAAGGAACAAAUCCAUUUUUUGCUGUUGGUAGUUAUUUUGUAGAUACCUACGAAAUUAAUAUGGGCUAUCUGUAUGCCACGUACAUUUUUCAGUUAUCUUUCGCAUCAACUGCCACAACAAUAGUCUCCGGAGCAGUUGCUGAAAGAUUCAACUUCAUCGCAUACUGUUUAUACUCUUUUCUGAACACAUUUGUGUACUGUUUACCUGCUGGCUGGGUAUGGGGUGAGCAUGGAUUUCUCAAUCAUCUAGGUGUUGUCGAUAUUGCUGGUUGUGGUCCUGUCCAUCUAGUAGGAGGUUCAUCAGCAUUAGUAGCCGUUGCUAUGGUAGGUCCAAGGAGUCAUAGAUUUGAGGAAAAUUACUCGCAUACUAUUAGCUCUCCGAUUAAUGCAAUGCUUGGGAUGUUCAUGCUUUGGUGGGGAUGGCUUGGAUUUAAUUGCGGUAGUACAUUUGGGGUUACAGGAGCCAAGUGGAAAUAUGCUUCCAGAUCUGCAAUCACGACAAUAAAUGCUUCAUUAGGAGGAGGACUGAUAUCGUUGCUAUACUGUACCGUUUUUCACCGAAAGAAGUUUCUUAUUUCAAAUCUAAUCAAUGGAAUUCUAUCAUCAUUAGUUGCUAUAACAGCUGGAUGCGUUUUAUUCCAUCCCUGGGAAGCGCUACUAAUAGGUAUUAUCAGUUCUUUGACGACAAAUGUUGCAAUGCCAACACUUGAUAAGCUGAAAAUAGAUGAUCCUGUUGGAGCUAUUCCUGUACACUUAGUUGGAUCUGUUUGGGGCAUGAUUGCUGUCGGUCUUUUUGUAGAAAAAGAUGCAUUGCUACAUUUAAGUAAAGGGCAGGCUGGAAUACUUAGAAGAGGAGGAUUUCAUCUACUUGGAGUUCAAACGCUUUCAAUUAUUGUUCUAGCUGCGUGGAGUGUUGUCACAACAUAUGUUCUCCUAUGGGUGAUAAAUCUCUUGGUACCGUUACGGAUGAAACCAGAUGAAGAAGAAGCAGGAGCUGAUGUAGUCGAACAUAACGUAGAACAUUACCUGUAUGAAAAAGAUAGACAAUUUUCAGCUGCUACGACUACAAGAUUAUCUUCUACAUCAUAAUCCAAUUAUUUCAUUUACUUAUAAGUACUAAAACUGCUCAAAGAAGCGCUCAAACUCAUCUACCUAAUUGAG